ACCACAAGCAGACUGGAGCAGAGGUUUCUGCCGCGUCUCCAUCCGGCACCCGGGUCUAAAAUGGCCGCCGAAGCUCUGAGUCACCCGCUCCGUCGUCCCGCUUGUCUCACCCUGCUCUCUCCGUGCGGCUGGUCCCAGCGGCUCAGGAGGGACGGUCCAGUGGAGGGAGCAACGAGAAGAGGCUCCUGUCAGGCUCACCAGGAGGGAUCACGUCAUGGCCGGAGGAGCCAUCCACAAAUCGAGGCCACGGCUUGUAGGUGGUGGUCAGGCCUCAACCCGCAGGAGCCAGGAUACCGGCUCCCCGAUUCCACAGCGCUGGCCCACCACAAGCACGGCCAUCUCCUCUGCAGGGUUUACAGAAAGUAUGACAGCUAGUGACGACUACCAUUCCCUGACCCAGGGUCUCUCUAGCCUGGAUUUCUCUGGGGACCAUGUACCUUGCAAACUUCUCCUGAGUGGUGACACUGCAUUCCCAGUGCUUGUAAGUCCAUCACAAGACGUCCUUAUUGGUGCUGGUUCCUAUGGCAUGGGAAGGGUUGUUGUCCUGGGCCAUGAGUUAUAUUUCAGCCAGCCGCAAUUCAUAGAUUUCCUGAAAAAUGCAAUAUCCUGGCUGAUGCCAUCCUCAAGAACGGUCAUUGGUGUCACCGCCAGUGUCAGUAGCCUAGAAGAGACUCUCUCUUCCAUUGGAUACCAAGUUGAGAAGAAUGCUAGCCCUAAAGAAGAUCUGGCUGUGCUCUGUACAUCCGGAUAUGAUGACAGUGAAGCAAAUGAGAUUGUCUCAUUUGUGAGAAGAGGUGGGGGUUUGCUUAUUGGAGCACAAGCUUACCAAUGGGCUGCUGACCACAAACAAGACAACGUUCUGUGUAAUUUUCCUGGAAACAAAAUUACAUCUGUGGCUGGGAUCUACUUCACUGACAUGUAUGGAGAGAGAGGAAAUUUCUGUGUGAGCAAAAACAUGCAAUGGUGCCCAUUUUACAAAGAGUUGAACUUUUCAGCAGAUUUAAAGCAACUCAUGGAAGGUGUUCAAAAUCUGGACCUCACUGGGGGUGGCCUUCUCUCCGAACUUCUGCUUCAUGGACCUCUGACAUUCCCAGUAGGUCUGACCAAAAACAAUCAAUGUUUCAUUGGCGCUGGAUACUAUGGCAAAGGGCGUGUUUUUGUGGGAACACAUGAAGGCAUGCUACUCAGACCAGAAUUCAAGACCCUCAUUCUGAACGCCAUAUCAUGGCUGGGAAAGGGGAAAAAGGGAACAAUUGGUGUUAACUCAAAUUAUCGAGAUCUUGUACCUGUAUUACAGAAUGGAGGAUUCACUUGUGAAAUAUCACAACUGCUUUCUAAGCACAGUGUAUACUGCUGUACAUCUUACAGUGACAAAGAGGCAAACAAAAUCAAUCGGUUUGUGGCAGAAGGAGGAGGCCUGUUCAUUGCUGGCCAUGCUUGGUACUGGUCCUAUUCUAAUCCAAAUGUGCACUCUGAAUACCCAGGAAACAAAAUCCUCAACAAGUUUGGAAUUACAAUUCUGUCGACAACAGUUGAAGCAGGAGUAUAUAAGGGUCUGGAUCCUCAGGCAACUGCUAACACUUACCACUUCCCUAGAGCAAUCAGCCAAUUGUUGUGUGACCUGCAGGGUGGAGCAAAUCUGAAGGCUCCUCUGGAUAGUUGGUUGUCACAGCUCACACAGGAUACCAUACAAUUUAUGAAGGUGCCAGAAAGCCCUCUAAUUUCAUUGCUGCUGCAUGAGCUGGUAUCUGUAGUAGGGGGCUAUAAACUGCCUGAGGUUAGUAAAAUGUGUCCAGUGAAAAAUGGCUCCAAGGACGCUUUCCUGAUAUGUCUGGCCCAAGAUCUCAGCAGCUUUGCUAAACUAGAUGACCAAGAAUUGAAAAAUUUGCUGGACCAACCUGCUGUCACUGUGCAGAUUGAUGCUACAAACACUGGUGACGAUGCAUGGAGAAGUACUGGACUCUACCUCCCUCCCAGGAAAACAGCAAUACUUCUGUUUCCAGACUCAGUCUUGGGGAAAGGUCUUCAGGUUCAGGUUGGUUGUCAUACAGAUAACCUGAGUAGCCGAAAUGAGCUGUGCCGUGCUCCAGUGGUUGUCUUAAAGAAGAGUGUUACUGAUCAGAGGGUUGUGGUCUCCUCUGUCUGGGGAGGCCUGCUGUACAUUAUUGUGAAGGGAAACAGCAAUCUGGGGAUGAUUUCAGUAUCAGUGCAUGGAGCAGAACUGGCUCCAACCUAUAUAAAAGGCCAAACUUCCAACUCAUCCUGGGUGCAAACUAUUCGCAAAUAUCCAGCUCCUUGGGCUGAGCUGAUUACAGAUAACAUAAUCCUUACUGUCCCUUCUGAAGUAAUCCGCUCAUUAGAUGACCCUGAUGAUUUAAUGACUCAGUGGGAUGAUGUCAUGGUGGCAGUAGCUGAUCUUGCUGCAAUUCCAAAGAAAUUUGCACGUCCUGAAAGAAUCGUGGCGGAUGUGCAGCUCUCUCUAGGUUGGAUGCAUUCUGGAUAUCCAAUAAUGUGUCAUCUGCAGAGAGCAAAGGAUAUGAUAGACCUUCAGCAAAUAAAAAAAAGUGGAUUAUGGGGAUAUGUACAUGAACUUGGUCACAAUCAGCAGAAGUCUAAUUGGGAAUUUCCCCCUCAUACCACAGAAGCCACAAAUAACCUGUGGUCUGUAUAUGUACAUGAGACGGUGCUGAACAUUUCUAGGGAUCGAGCUCAUCCUGAUCUAAAGCCAGCUGAUAGGACUGCACGACUGACAAAGUAUAUAAAGGAUGGAGCCAAACUGCAAGAUUGGAGUAUGUGGACUGCUCUUGAGACAUAUCUUCGGUUACAAGAGGCCUUUGGCUGGGAUCCCUUCAAACACCUUUUCUCCGAAUAUCAGACAUUGUCAAAUGUCAACAAUAACAAUAAGGAUAAGAUGAAUCUAUGGGCAGAGAAGUUCUCUCAAGCUGUUCAUAAGAACCUGGCCCCAUACUUCCAGGCCUGGGGGUGGCCCAUUGAGGAGAAAAUCAUAGCCAAUGUAUCCACUUUGCCUGAAUGGGAAGAGAAUCCUAUGAAGUCUUACGUCGCUUCCAAAUAAAUGUAACACUAAAAACAACAUAAACAGAAUUUUACUGUUACACAUAUUGUUGUAAAGCAAUAUAUUUUCUUGCAGUUUAUAAAAUUGUACACUGCCAAUUAUUUCCAAUCUCAGGAAUCAAAUGUGGUAAACCUAGCUAUGCACUACAGGCUAUGCAGUAGUAUCUGAUUUAUCUAUGUAACUGAUUAAUGCUUUGGGAAUCGGGAAGUACUAACCUGGUAGCAUCUGCAUCUAUAUAGCAAAUAGAACAUAAACAUUAUGGGCGUCAUUUAUAAAACUGAAAAGCUGUGACUUCCACAUUGCAUUUCAUUAUGUAUGAGUGCACUUACUAAUCUGCCUCAUACAGUAUGUACAAACAUACACAAGUGCGCGGAAAUAUUCUGGAAUUCAGAACAGCCUCAGAAAGGCAGUAAUAAUUAUGCAGGUUUGGCUUGAAAUUUAGAGUGGGAAAAGUGAAGUAUUUUGCUUGAAAGUAAACUGUCACUGUCUUGUAUUCUAAAUUGAUUUUAUUCUCAUUAAUGAUUGAUUGUUUUACGUCUUACAUUAAUAAAGAGUG